AUGUCUAAUCUAUUUAAUAAAUUCGCUGAAAAGUUGCACGGUGAUAACGACGACGACCAAUCAAGAAUGUCUCAUCAACGGAGAGAGCAACAACAACAAAAGAACAACUCUAUGCAGUCUGAAUCAUGGCGUGGUGGGAAUCAAAGUGGUCAAGGUUACAAUGAUUACAAUGAUGAUGAUGAUAAUGACGACAAUUUUAAUACCGAAACUUUUGGUACCGCUGCUUCAACCACCACCGGCCAAGGUUAUAAUUCAGGUAAUUUGUCUCAACAACAGAGUGGUGGUUAUACAAGAAAUGCAAUGGGUCAAAACAUGGGCGGUGACCGUGAUGAUGACGAUUUUAAUGACUCAGGUUUAAAUGACGAAGAAGAGCAAAUCGAAGCAGACAAAAAUCAGUCUUUCGGUAGAAAUAUGUCUAGUGGGGAUAGAAGAUCAAGAAGAAACCAAAGUGAUGGGAACAGGUCUCAAGGAUAUCAAGAAAUGUAUGGUGACCAACCUUGGUAG